AGUUGCUCAACUGCUACAAAAAUACCACACAAAUUAAUCGGCCAUCGAGCAAAUCAGCUGAUAGUUCAACCAUUGGUUUUUGUCCGCAGCGGAGAAGAAACUAAUACAAGUAAAUAAAUAUUAUUAUUUAUUAAAUGGAGCAUCGCGAGAACAAUCCAGGCGCCGUGCAAUAUGGCAACUUCAAGAACUAUUAUCAAUUCAAUUCGGCCGGCGAGCGGAUUAAACUGCUGCCAUCCACAAAUAUUUGGCUGGCCAGCGGCACAAUGGAAACGCAGUCCAGUGUGGAACGCAAGUCAGAGCCUUAUCUAGUACUGGAUGUGGGUUGCAAUUGUGGCGAUUUCACUCAACUGUUGCAGAGCUUCCUCGAGGAACAGCUGCAGCGACCCGUUCAUGUGCUCGGUGUGGAUAUCGAUGAGCGAUUAAUUGAGCGAGCCGAACUGAAUAACAAGUGUCCUGGAAAGAUCAGCUAUUUCUGUGAUGACAUCCUCAAUGCGUCCACCUUUGACGUCACUGUUUUGCAGUACUUGCAACAGCAUCGGCGCAACAAGUUUGAUGCAAUUUGCUGUUACUCAAUAACAAUGUGGAUUCAUCUCAAUCAUCACGACAGCGGCUUACAGUUAUUUCUGCGCAAACUUUCCCAGCUGUCGGAGCUGUUUGUCGUGGAACCACAACCCUGGAAAUGUUAUCAAACUGCUGAGCGUCGUCUGAAAAAAGCUGGCGAAGUAUUUCCAAUGUUUGUGGAACUCAAGUGGCGCUCUGAUGUCGAGCAGCAAAUACAACGGUAUCUGCAGCAGGAACUGGGCAGAAAUUGUGUCUACGAAUCAACGCCCACCAAAUGGCAGCGAAAAAUUUGUUUCUAUAGAUGAGUUUUCAGUUUAGAUUUUGGAAAAUGAAAGUUCUUUCUGCCUGGAAAUCGGCUGAUCAGCUCUGUUUAUAACAGAAGCCGGAGCUGUUGCGCAAUUGUUGAGAAAGUUGCUAUUACUCAUUAAAAAUUAAGCAAGCGAUGUAGAUGUGUAAUAGCUUGAAUAUAAUCAAAAAAUCAUUAUUUUCAAAACGUCAUGUUGACAAUAAUAAAACAAAAUAAUUGUUUUUAAA